AUGGGUAAAAUUAUGAAAUCUGGUAAAAUCGUGCUGGUGUUAUCUGGUAGAUACGCCGGCCGAAAAGCUGUCAUAAUGAAGACCUACGAUGAAGGUACAGCGGAAAGACAAUAUGGUCACGCGCUGGUGGCCGGUAUAGAUCGUUACCCUCGGAAAGUCACCAAACGCAUGUCACAGGAAAAACUAAAAAAACGAUCCAAAAUCAAACCUUUCCUGAAAGUGCUCAAUUACAACCACCUUAUGCCAACUAGAUACUCCGUACAAGAUGUAACAGUAGACAAGGUUUCACCUAAAGAUUUAAAAGAUCCAAUGAUUAAAAAGAAAUACCGUUUCCAGACCCGGGUUAAAUUUGAAGAGAAGUAA